AUGGUAAACUUCUCCAGCUCUCCCGAUCUUCCAGCGACAUCGUCUUCGACGAUGACAGGCGCUCAAGACGUCUCAAUCGAAAUACUUACUGAGAUUUUUCAUUUCGCAUUGGAGCCCGAAAACCCUUUAUCUCUAUCGCCAUUUGACACCCGACGACACAUCAGCGCCGUGUGCUCGUUCUGGCGCGACGUCCUCAACAGCACCCCAUCUUUAUGGCAGUCCAUUACUUUUGCACCUACCUCCCCCCAACACGGCGAAGAAAGCCGCGCCCUCGCCCAUGCAUGGCUUCAGCGUAGUCGCAACAGUCUUGCCCUCGAUUUCUGCUCCAGGCUUCCUCCCCAGCUGCCCACCCGCGUCGAAGAUCUCCUUUUUGGAGGCGGCGCUAUCAGAAUUGUCGAGGAGAUUAUCCGGCCAUUCGCAUGGAGAAUCGUCUCUCUCACCUGCAUCCUCUCGGGCUGCAAAGACGAUAUACGUGCCUUCCUCACCCUUCCACCAUCUACCUUUCCCAAUCUCGAGAGCGUCAACAUCGUCUUCCUCAACGAUGUCCAGAAUCCCCGAUCGGAAUUCACUUUCGAAGAGAGGAGGGCGUUUUCGGUGUUCGUUGAUGCCCCGCGGCUCAUGAGCGCGAGGCUUCACCUUCUCAACGGCAUUGAUCCACUCGAUUUGCGGCUUCCGUGGGGCCAGAUGAAAUUGCUCGAUUUCGGGAACAUUCCUAUGGCAGACGAUGUUUUCAUGAGCAUUAUGCAAAUGUCGGCGCGCUCGCUUCGAGACGGAACCUUCAACGUUGUCCUCGAGCCGCGAUUCCACCUUCCACUUGCUGCGACAUUUCCGCAGAUAUCUAUGCCCAAUGUCAUCAGAUUUAGACUUAUCCUCGGUCGUCAUCUCGCAGAUCCAGAUUUAUUCAGACUCCUCGAAUUUCGCGCUACGAAGUAUUUACAGAUAGAGAAAGUUGGAGGUUUCAGGGGCAUCGAUCUCGAGACGAUCACGCCGCUCAUACGUCCCAUGUCAAGCUCUCUGGAGUAUGUUACCCUUCUCGACCUCGAGGACGGGACGAACACUAUAGCACAUAGUCACGUAUAUUACCCCGAAAUGGCCACUAUUUUUCGAGCCGUUCCAGGCCUCAUAUAUCUUCAUCUACCCCGAGGUAUCCUCCUCGACGGCCCACUGGUCGAGGACAUCGCUUCGGGGCGCGUUCUCCCGCGUCUUGAAGCAUUGGACGUGGCUGUGAGUGGCCUCGAGAACGGCUAUCGAGUCAUCAAGAUGGCGGAUGGUCGAAACCACGAAGCUCUGCGCCCCGCCUUCCAAGCGUCCUCGCCUUCACAAAUAUUCGACGUUGCGAUACCCCGAAUUACGCCUAUCGUGCGCCUCCAGUUGCAAGUGCCGCUCGCGGAGAGAAAUGCGCUGGAGGAGUUGCUAGCUAAUUUCGUUUCGUCGGGUCACCUGGCAAAUACGGUUGUCGAGCUCGUUGUUUGA